CCUCAUCUGCCCAAGACCCAUUUCUCACUUUCAGACGCGAGAGAGAGAGAGAGAGAGAGAGAGAGAGAUGCCUUGCCUUGACAUUUCAACCAACGUGAGCCUGGAGGAUGGAGUCAGCACAGAGUCCCUCUUCUCCGAAUUAACAAAAGUUGUCUCUGCCAUCGUCGGAAAACCUCCCGCUUAUGUGAUGGUGCUUCUAAAGGGAUCGGUGGCCAUAAGAUUUGGGGGAAACAAAGAGCCUGCUGCGUUUGCUGAGAUAGUAUCAAUGGGGGGUAUCAACUCAGAAGUGAAGAGAAAGCUAAUUGCUGCAAUUGGCACAAUCCUAGAGAGCAAGUUGUCUAUCCCUCCCUCGCGGUUUGUCCUCAAAGUCCACGACACAACGGCAGGAAAAAGCAAGAACAAUAUUAACUCAAAACUGUGAUAUAUAUGAUCAUGUGUGCAGUAGCUUGGAUAUUGGCUUUAAACUUCCGAAUUAAAUAAUUUGUAUUACUAAAAGCUUUUUCUACAAAGUUGAAUUUUGAUAAUGGUUUG